AACAUUACCGGAAGCAACCAGCCCCUUACACCUGUUGCUCUACUCUCGGGAAAUAAAAAUUUCACUGGAAAUUCCAACAAAAAUGAAGGCCCCCAAAAAAAUCUCCUCACAUUGAUAAACGAAAAUCGCCAAAACGAAAAGAUGAGCGUUAGAAAGCAAAAGCCAAACAAUAAUGGAUGAGUAAUCCCACAAUGUUUACAUUGAACCUGGACGCCAAAACGUUGAUGCUGGCGACGAAGAAGACGCUGACAACAAAUAGGAGUAACAACCGCAACAACAAAACAAGGGUAAAAAUUGUGACAAAAUCGACGCAAUUACGAAGAAGUAGAACAACAGCUGCCUUAGCCACCCAUCAUUCUUCGUUGAGAGGAAUUUAUGGUUACCCAAAUUUCGUAGUAGCCGAACCCGCAGCAGCAGCAGAGAAACAGACACUUGCCAGCCACAUAACUUGCCAAUAUUGUUAUGAUCGUCGAUGAUACAACUUAACCCGAAAUUAACAAAAACAACAGCAGCUAACCCUAUUAAAUCGAUCACAACAUUGCGAACUGUAAACAAGCGAAACAGGCAGCUAAAGCGAAACAAGCAAAACGAACUCCUCGGGGUCUCAUUUGUGUGAAAUUGGAUAUUUUGUGUGAAUGUCAUUUACUUGGUGGCGGAGAGACCGCAACAACAACAAAUACUAUGCAAUAACAACAACCACAAAACAAAUAAAUCCAAUAACAACACAACCAAAAUAAAAACAAUUAGCCAACAUUUCCAAUAAAGAUGUUCCAAUUGCUGCAACAAUUCUCCAACGACUCCACAACAGACCUGCAGACCAAAAACUUCCCUCAACUAAAUUGAAUUGAAAGGCAAAGACGUUACGCCUAUCUUUUUCGAUUCUACUUUUUGGCAAAAUAAAACAUCAUUCUUCUUCUUUUUAACUUAAACCUUUUCCACCCAACCCUGAUUGCAGUGUUCCAACAUCCAGCAAAAUGUUGCAAAAUUCCAGCACCCCAAGCGGAGCCACAGCCGCCACAACGCCGACAACGUCUGGCCAACAGUCGCAGCAACAAAUGCCACAACCCAAACUUGUUGUUAUCCGACGACGACCCAAUCAAGGUUUCGGUUUUACGCUACGUCAUUUUAUUGCUUAUCCACCGGAAGAUGAUCCCUCUUGGCCACAGGAAGCAUCCGAACCAUACCAAGUGAAAGCUAUGGAAACGAUUUUCAUAAAAGAAGUACAUCCGAAUGGACCCGCUUACUAUGCCAACCUGCAGACAGGCGAUCGCGUUCUAAUGGUGAACAACACACCAAUUGCUGGCAUCGCCUACAGUACCAUUGUGUCGAUGAUCAAGCAAACGCCUUCGGAAUUGAAACUGUUGGUGGUGCCCAAGGAGUGCGAUGUCUUGCAAAUGCAUUAUACCAGUAUUGCUCAUACACCGCAAUCGAAUGUUAUGGGUUCAUCAUCGUGUACCAGUAGUGGUUCCAGCAAAUCCAUACCUUCACCCAUUGUAACGGCGGGCAAUGGUGGCGGCAGCAAUGCCACCAACUCUUCACACCAAUCUGUUGUGGGCGGUGGUGGUGGCGGUGCCCUCUUGCCAAUGUCCGUGGCAAUGGCUGGUAGGCCACCUUUUCCAUUACACCAGCAACAACAUCAAUUGAUCUCAUUUCCUGCAAGCAGUCACCAGCAACACCACUAUCAGCAGCAACAGGCCGCGGCAGCAAGUCGUUCCGGUAGUAUUAGUAGUACCAACAGUUUAAGACCUCUUACAACAGCGGAUUAUAUGGAAUUAAGUACAACAUUGUCAUCGACGUCCAGCUCAUCGGCGGCAGCAUAUCAUCAUCAAAUACAACAGCAACAACAACACCAUUCGGCUAGCAACAUGCUACAACAUAGUGAUAGUGGCAGUUAUUUACGAUCACCACCAGCAAAUCUAACAGUAUUAACCCGCCAACAACAACUGCAACAACAGCAAAAUGCCGCUGCAUUCUAUGCUUCCAAUGCUGCUGUCGACACCAGCGAUUUAAUGAUACGCUUGCGUGAAUCGAUAAAACAAAAGGAAGAAUUUCUCAAAUCACCGCUACCUAAUGUCCAUCAACAGCAGCACCAACAACAACAACAGCAGCAACAACAACAACAACACUUCUUUCCUCAUACACCACCCUCAGGCAGUCCACAAUUGUCUAUGGUCUCAACGUCCUCAACAUCUGUGGGGGGAUCCGGUUCAUCGUCAGCAGCCUGUGUUGUUGGCGGUUUAAGUUUUCUCAGCGCAAGCAACAGCAACAGUGGCAGCAUUGGCAGUAAUGCAACGGCACGAGGACAAGUGCGUACCACCUUAGUUAAGCAACCGCUGUCGGCCACUUCAUCGACGUCCAGUACGAGAGAGUUAUUAACAGCAAACUGUGAUAUGCAUUACGCACCGAAUUUGGGUGGUGGGUCCAGUGCGCCGGGAGGUAGUGGUGGUGGCGUUGGGACAACAACAAUGUCGUCUCGUAGUCAACAACAGCAGCAACAACAACAACAGAGACUGGCUACCACCACCACCAGUAGCAGCUCUGGCAUUGGCUCCAGCAGCACAAAUGGCAGCAGUUCAAUGUUGCGUGAUAAAUACCAUAAGGAUUAUGAAUUCAUGGAAACAUUGCAGGAAACUGGUGUCACUAACAAAGUAUUUGAAAGCAAAUUGGUUUCACAUUUAGCCCGAGGUUUUGAUCCUUUCAAGCCUUUGUCUAUCAACACAAAUGCCAUUGAAUCUGCAACAACAACAACAGUAGCAGCAUCGGCAACAACGGCAACGGCUCCGGGCAAUAGCAACAAUAGCAGCAGCAUUUUCUUGAAAAAGCCAAGUGUUUUAUAUGAUUCACUGCAUCAUCAUCCGUUGCAUCAAAUGCAGGUGCAACAACAGCAACACAUACACAGCCAAUUACACCAACAGCAUGUGUAUCAACAACAACAACAAACAGCAACGGCGCCAAAGAUGACAGUUCCAAGUGCUGCAGCAACAAAUUCACUAACAGCAACAACCUCAACACCAGUAACAAACGCAACAACAGCAUCGUCAUCGUCCUCCUCAUCUGUGGUCGAUGGUCAUCGUUUUAGUCGCAUGGAAAUCUAUAAGGCCAGUGUGGCCAAUGCAACAAUCGAUCAUCAGGCUAAUAACAAGUAUGGUAGUAAAUUAGCGGCAGAUGCAAAUGAAAUCAACAAGACAACAUUGGCCGAUAUUGCUGAAGGUGAUGUUAACAAUGGCACAACGGCAGGAGUUAAUGUAAAAUCACCAUCAGGAAUAACAACAACGACACACGUGAGAGCGACAUCAGUACAACCAUCAUCAUCAUCAUCCUCCUCUACGGUGACAGCUUCAGGCGGUAGCAAUGUUAUAAGACGUUUUAGACCAAUGUCUUCAUUCGACGAUUCAAAACCAAUGCGUCGCAUUUCAUACUUACGUGCUACCAAUGAUGACUAUCACGAUACAUCGGCCACCUCCUUGGCAAAUUCCUCCACCAGCAGUAUAGCGGAAACACUAUCCACGAAAUCCAACAAAUCUCAACAGCAGCAACAUAUUGAGGAACAUCUUGAUCCAAUAUACGAUACCGUGGGUGGUGGCGGUGGUGCGGACAGUACCAGUGAUUCUUUGGAUGCCUUGGAAGAUUUGAAAUUGGAUGCAUCCGCAAGUAGUCGUAGAACGUCUGUAAAUAGUGAUUUUAGACGCAGUGUUCACAUUGAUAGCAGCAGUGGUAUUGAUCUAAACGGUAAAAUGGAAUCAAAAGAUAUUUCAACGGACAUGGAAAUAUUUGAAACGGAAAUGGAAAUCAAAUCUUCAUCAAUACAUGGCAAACGACAAUCCGAAUAUCGUUCAUGGCGCCAAGUUAAAAUCGAAAUUAAGGGUGAUAUAUUGAGAAUAUAUCCCAGUCGUAAUACGAAAUCUGAUAGCAAUGUACUUGAACUCGACAUUAGAAACUUUGAAAUCUUUGACGAAUCAGAUAAAAAGAAAUAUGUAUUUCGCAUGCAAUCGAAACCCUCACCGAUCGCCACACUAGGCAAUGAAUUAAAUAUUGAUGAUGUACCAGAUAAACUGACAUCAUCGACCGGUAGUUCCUCAUCAACACAACAACAAACAACGGCGGCGGAAAUGGGCAAUCAGCCACAGAAUCAACCGCAUACCGAUAUUUUGUUUAAAACGAAGAGUGGCUCUGAAAUGAAAAGGAUAUAUGGUUUAUUACAAUGGAAGAAUAGUUUAAUAUUUAAUGACAAUGAUCCUCAAGGUAAACAGUUAGCGGAACCGCAAAAAACUGCCGCCACCGCCAGCAUGUCUACAACCAACAGCAAUUACUGUGAUGACAAUGUACAACAACAAUCAGUGCAACAUUUACAAGCCGAACAUUCACCCUUAAGUUCAACUUCACGUAGUGAGUUAGAAGCACCCGAUUCAAUAUCGCCCGUUAUGAAAACACGCAAAUCGUCUUCACACAAAAAUAUACCCGACAAAGAUUUGGGUUCACCCAAGGCCAAAAACUGGAAAGAUCUACUGUUUCGUCGGGGCGGAGGUAGUAGCAGUAGUGGUCACAGUGCUGAUUUAUCACCAUCAAAUCUAUCGUCGUCAUCAAAAACUGUUGGUUCAAUUGGUGUACCCUUGAAAACGUGUCCCAUGUCCAAGAGCAACGAAUAUGUACCCACUCUGGUGGAUGUUUGUACUAAUAUUGUGGAAACUAAAGGCUUGGGAGUUGUGGGUAUUUAUCGUAUACCCGGCAAUAAGGCAGCCAUUUCGGAGCUGUCCGAUCAAGUGAAUAAAUCUGAUUUCUCAUGGGAUCGCUGCAAUACAGAUGUCAGAUGGGAAGAUGUUAAUGUGGUCUCAAGUCUGCUUAAGCUAUUCAUAAGAAGUUUACCCGAUGCUUUGCUACCAAGUUCCUUUUAUAGUCAAUUUAUUGAGGCCGACAAGAAAGAGGGUAUGGAACGUUUAACCGAACUGAAGGCCCUAUUGGAGGCACUGCCGCGAUAUUCACACGAAACAAUGAAACAUCUAUUUCGUCAUUUGAAUCGGGUCAGCAAGCAUUGUGAUGUUAAUUUAAUGGAACCGAAAAAUUUGGCCAUCAUUUUUGGCCCCUCAAUAAUACGCACACCCAAUGAUGCCUUGGAUGUGGCUGUUAAGGAUAUGAAACACCAGUGUCGUAUUGUGGAAUUGUUGUUGACACAUUAUGAUUAUUUCUUUGAAAAUGCCGAGGCACCCGAUAUUGAUGAUGUGUGUGGCAAUAAUAUUGCUCCCUCCUCAUCGUCCUCCACCACGGGAGCCAUCACCAUACAACAGCAGCAACAACAGCAACAGGAAGAAAACCAAACCAAUAUGCUGCUGCAUAAUAUUUCGAAAAUCGAAAGACUCACCGAAAGAGAAUCAAGUUCAUCCAGCACCACAACUACAUCGCGUAGUACCUCGCGCUUCAUAAGAAAUCUGGGCAAGCCCAAGUCUAGCAAACGACCCGAACCGGCAACAUAUGAUAAUGGUUUGUCAUUGGACUAUGCCAAGUCGGGUGCCACCGCAUCAUCGUCCAGCAGCAGCAGUACGACAACGUCCUCGGCUAAGACAUCCAAAAAGAAAGAACACCAUGGUUUCCUGAGCAGCCGGGCACGCAGUCAUGCACGAAAAUCGAGUUUGGAUGAAAAAGAUUCGGGUAGUGUUAGUGGUAGCAGUAUUAUCAAGGAUACCCAGCGUAAUAGUGUGGAUAUUUCAAUAACUCUGACGGAUGAUGAGAGCAGUAAUAGUCGUCUAAGUGAACCGGGUUCCAUGUCACUUGGCAUCAUAACGGACACAUUGGAAUCCAAGCUUAGUAAGCUACGUAGCGGUUCAGAGUCAAACGAUGAAAACGGUUCACCCGACUUUCCAAUGCAACGUCGUUAUACAUUGGGCGAACCGCUACAUAUAUUGCAUACAGAAAACAUUCCCUAUGCCGAUGAGUCUCCCGAAAGACAUUUUCAUAAUUUCUGUCCACUGGACAGUAUGAUAGGUGCAAAUAAUUUAAUGCUCAGUCGUUCAUGUACCUCGACCAAUACGCUAAUGGGAAGCAGUGCUAAAUCAACGAGCAGUGAAAAAGAAAAAUCAUCACCACUUACCGGCUAUAAGGGAGGUGCACCGCAUAAGCUACAACAUUCAGCAACGGCGCCAAUUAACUCUUCAAUUGGUAGUGUGGGUGGAGUGAAUCUCUCGUCACCGCCCACUGCCGCCUCUACACCCACAACAAUAGGUGCUCUAAAGGGUAGCUUGACAACAGCUUCAUCAGCUAGAAAUGCCUAUGCUACUAGUAAAAAUUUAAGGUUCUCCUCAUCGGUGCAGGAGCAACGAUGCUCGGAAGAUGAUUCUGAAGGUUCUACCACAAGUGAUCCCAAAGAGGCUUUGGCCAUGGCCUCACCUUCAUUUCUAAUGGAUAAAUACAAUAAGAAACGUAGAGAUCAUCGUCUUUAUCGUUCGGCCUCGUUCAAUUGUCGUAACUAUUCAUCGCGCUAUGGCGGCAGCAACAAUAUGACGGCUGGCAGUAAUAUUCCUCUGACAAAAGAUGAAAAGACUGAUAUGAAUCUAACGAAAAAACGUCAAAUACAAAAUAAACAAAAUCGUUCGAUAAAACGACGUCACACCGUGGGCGGACCACAUGACUACAGUGGCAAUGCCGGGCAGCCACCAGCAGCAGGUGGCAAUAAUUGUAAUCAUCAUUGCAAGAAUAAUAUGUCAAAUUCGGGUAGUUCAAAUGCUUCGAACACAUCAUCGUCGGGUAUUACACGAACACCGUUGUCGAGCGCCAACAGCAACAUUGCAAAUAAUAACAAUAACAUGCAACAGCAUGGCGUUGAUGAUGGUGGCCACAGCAGUGCCACGAGUAAUGGCAAUAGCAGUAGCAGCAAUAAUACAACCAAUAAUACCGCCUCCACCACCGCCACCACAGUUAACGUGGCCAAUUCAUCCGGUGAGCAUGUACUUGAAGUUGGCAUACGUAUUAAGAAUAUUAAUAGAGCGCGUUUCUAAAUUUGGUUACACGCACACCAAAAUAAAAAUACAAGCUGGGCUAUAUAUUAUAUAUAAUUUGAUAGCCGUACAACACACCGCUUGGGAAUGAAAUUCCUUUCAAGUGGGGUAUGUGAUACCGAACCAAAACAAAAAAAGUAUCACCCAUUUUUGGGCAAUCAAUUGAGCGAAAAAAAAUAUGCAAUGCAUACAGAACCGCCAACCAGCCAGCCAGCUUAAAACAAAAUAUCCCGCCUGCCUUAAUAAAUCCCUUGUGAAGCGCCCGCCCGCCCCUUUUAAGCCGCCCCUGCACAUUUAAUGUUUAAGAAAAAGCAAGAAAGAACUAAAGUACAACAGCUAAGCGUUACAAUCAUCAUUUAUAGAAAGUGAUACGGUGGGAAUCGGUUAGAGCUAUUAAAAUUGCAAGCAUUCAAAUUUAUUUGACUCAUUUGAUAUUUAAAAGUGAGGUUAGUAUAAAAAUAAAUAUUAUUUAUUGAAUCAGUUUUAAUAGCUAAGUCUAAAUUUACAUUAGGCGAGUUGACUAGCGGCAAGUCUCGGGUUGUUGGUGAGAAGAGGAAUAAGGCAAAUGGUAAAAUAAAUGCAAAAAUAUAAAAACAAUAAUAGGAAAGGCGAUGAUGAAAAACGAUAAUUGCUGAAAACAAAUUGCCUUGCAUAUGACUGCAUGAGGCAGUUCAAAAGAGAGCGAAAAAAAACUGCCGCAAGUAAUUACGUCUAGUCUAAAUCAGAAAUAAGAAAUAUUGAAAAACUCUAAAAACGACUUCAUUUUUGAGGUUUUUAAAAUAUCAAAAAAUGGCCAAUAUUGGCCCUCAUUUAGUGAAGAUAACUUUUUGAGCCUAACUUCACUUUUUUAGCCAUACAAAACGGCAUUGAAUAUAUUGGCGAUUUGUCUAACGUCUUGAAUUAGGAGAACAAUUUCUGUAUUAUUUUAAUUACGAAAAAAAAUUUUUUUUUUUUUAGACAUAACCUCACUUUUUAGGCUUCAUAAAUUUAUUUUCGUUUCUCAGAAGAUCCAAAAUUAGGGAUAUGUUAUUAAAAGCAAUAAAUUUUUAACCUGUCAUCCAACCAAACGUGGAAGGAAAUGAAGUACCUCACUUUUGUUUAUACUAUUUUACAAAACGCUUUUGCAUCUAAAUUUAUUUGUGAAUUGCCUAUUUUCCAAAAUUAGGAGGACUAUUUUUUAUUAAUUUAAUGUUUAUUAUUUUUUUUAAUGUUUUUCGGACAUAACCUCACUUUUCCGGCCACUAUUUUUGCGUCAAAAGAUUAUUUCUGGGUUUUAACUCGCAUUUGGAUUGUGGAUUUUCGAUUUAUAUAUGAAAAUAGAAUGAAAGUGUUGAAAACCAUUUCCACCAUAGCCUACUUAAAUUGUUAGAGUUUCAAACGUGGAAGAAAAUGGUUUCUGGACAUAACCUUACUUUUUAAAAUCAUUUGUUUCAUUACCCCACUUUUGGAUUGUGGAUUUUUUGAUCUAUAUAGAAUGAAAGUGCUGAUUUCCAUUGCAAGCAUAAUCUUCUCAACUUGUUAGACGUCCCAAACGUGAAAGAAAACAUUUUUUUCUACACUUAACCUCACUUUUAUAAAAACAUUUUUUUCCUUUACCCAUCUUUUGGAUUUUGGAAUUUCGAUAUUUGCAUGGAAAUAGAAUGAAAGUGUAGAAAAACCGUGGAAAUGGUUAGCUUUUCAGCCAAACCGAAAUUUCAGAAAAUAAUCUUUCCAUUUGUUGGCGUCAUUACAAAAUAUCCAAAAUUCGAUAUGGGAAUCUACAAUGUUUUUUUCUAUAGUCUAUGAAUAAAGAUUUUAACUAAAUCUCAAAAGACUGUUUUUCGAGAUCAGAAAUCUACUGCUAUUCUGAAUUUCCUCCUAUUAAAAAGCGCCCACCCGGCCUGUCCAAAUAAGUUUUGCCAUGUUUAAUAUUAUUCAACCGCAAAUGGUAGAAAUAUUACUGUGGAUGACAAAGUCCUCCUAUUGGAAAUUUGCAUUUAAUUGUAUCCAUUUGGGAUUCUUCAGAGUCCAUAAAUCUAUCCUGUUUUGGAUUUUUUUAAAACAAAUAAUAAUUAAAAAUCUAUAUUUCAACCGAUUCCCACCUAUCACAAAAUAGCUUCGAACACCACGAACAUUAAUCAGUAGCAUAGUUAAACAAAAUACUGAAAAAAUUGUGAUGACGAUGAUGAUAAUUAUGAUAAUGACAAUGAUUACCCAAAAGAUGUUCUAGAAUGAAAGAUUGAAAAAAAAACAACAAGAAAACAAAUAUUUAAACUAUAUACACUCGCUGUGUAUUUAUUUACUUGUUGAAGAUGGGAAAAUAACGUUCUUUUCAUCUUCUAAAUUAACCAACAAAACACCAAUUAGUUUUAAGUGAAAAAAAAAACACAUAAAGAAAACGAUGUUAUUAUUAGUAACAGCAGCAACAACAACAAGAAAAAAAGCAAAACAAAAUUAACAAAACGUAUUACAAUAUUAUUCUUCGUAUAUGUUGUUUGGAACCGUUCUAGGAAUAUUUUGUUGUACAGUAGUUUAACAAAAAAAAGAUAAUAAUAUACAAAAAUAUUUACGAGCAACAACACCAUAAAUUCUAGAAGAAGAAGGAAAAAAUUAUAAACUACAUAUAUAUUUUUGUGUAUGUUUUAUGUGUAUAACAAAACAACAGCAGAAGAAAAAGAAAUCCUUUAAAACCCCCCAAUUCUGUGUAGUAUUAGCUUAAACAUUUAUAAAAUAUAAGAUUAUAAACAACAA